CCAGACCCUGCGCGAAAAGCUCUUUCACUUCGCUCUCACCGCCGAUGGCUAGCGAUUGCGAAGCCAUAACCCUCGUCUCCGAAACCUCGCCGCUCCCUGGCCUUCGACGCCGUAUCGCCGACUCGAGCGCGAGCGCUUGCGUGAACGAUUUUGGCGGCAAGCGGUGCUCCGAUGCGGCCGCGAGGGAUCCGAUCGAGAACGACGAUGUUAGGGUUCCGGAGAAGAAGGAGGGAUUGGUUUUUAAUGAUGGGGAUCAUGGAGAGCGCGGUGUUGGCAGGAGUGAUGUACCGAUGAAGUUCUUGUACCGCGCCUCGGCUCCCGCGCACCGGCGGGUUAAGGAAAGCCCCCUUAGCUCUGACGCGAUCUUCAAGCAGAGCCACGCAGGUCUUCUCAAUCUCUGUAUAGUAGUUCUUGUUGCAGUAAAUAGCAGGCUUAUUAUUGAGAAUCUGAUGAAGUAUGGACUAUUAAUAAGAACCGGAUUUUGGUUCAGCUCACGGUCUCUAAGAGAUUGGCCACUCCUUAUGUGUGGGCUAUCUCUUCCAAUAUUCCCUUUCAGUGCUUUUCUGGUAGAGAAGUUGAUACAGCACAAGUUCAUCUCGGAGCCUCUCGUCAUCACACUUCAUGUGAUACUUACAUCAGGUGCAGUUUUGUAUCCAGUGUUUGUGAUUCUCAGAUGUGACUCUACGGUUGUAUCUGGCCUCACACUCAUGCUCUUUGCUUGCACUGUUUGGCUAAAACUAGUGUCUUAUGCACAUACAAACUAUGAUUUAAGGACAUUGUCCAACUCAGUUGAUAAGGGGGAUGUUUCUUCCAUUUAUCUGAACCUUGAUAACUCUCAAGGUGUUAGCUUUCGGAAUUUGGUAUACUUCAUGAUGGCUCCAACUUUGUGCUACCAGCCAAGCUAUCCUCGUACAACAUGCAUUAGAAAAGGUUGGGUGAUCCGUCAGCUUGUUAAGUGGGUGAUUUUUACAGGGGUGACGGGCUUUAUCAUUGAGCAGUAUAUCAAUCCAAUUGUCCAGAAUUCUCAACAUCCAUUGAAGGGGAACUUCUUAAGUGGUAUAGAGAGAGUGCUGAAACUUUCUGUGCCAACUCUGUAUGUGUGGCUCUGUAUGUUCUACUGCUUUUUCCAUCUGUGGUUAAAUAUUCUUGCUGAGGUCCUUCGUUUUGGUGAUCGUGAAUUUUAUAAAGAUUGGUGGAAUGCAAAGACUGUUGAAGAGUACUGGAGAAUGUGGAAUAUGCCUGUUCACAAAUGGAUGAUUCGUCAUAUUUAUUUUCCCUGUUUGCGAAAUGGUAUACCAAAGCGAGUUGCUGUUCUUAUAUCGUUUUUAGUUUCAGCCAUAUUCCAUGAGCUGUGCAUUGCAGUACCUUGCCACAUAUUCAAGUUUUGGGCUUUCAUAGGGAUAAUGUUCCAGGUUCCGCUUGUUAUUUUGACAAACUACCUCCAGAACAAGUUCAGGAAUACCAUGGUGGGUAACACAAUCUUUUGGUUGUUCUUCAGUAUACUUGGGCAGCCCAUGAGCGUACUACUCUACUACCAUGAUGUGAUGAAUAGGAAAGUGAGGGUUGAGUAGUCUAUAAAUACCAUCGUCUCAUAACAAUCUCAUCGCUUCGGUACUAUUGCUCUGUUCCGAACUUAAAACCAUGAUGAGAUCAAGACCAACCAACAGAAACCUACGCUCAACGAGCCCUCCUUGCUUGUGCUUUCCAAAGCCAUGUUUAUCUCAUUUGAUUUUGGGUUAUAUAUUUGCGCUUAAGCUUGCACUGGUGCGGAAGUGGCGGACUUUAUAUCUGUUACAUGUACGAGUACAUAAAUAACUAUAUCUAUAUAUCUAUAUAUACAUGAUAUUAUUUGAA